GAAAGUUAAUUAAUGGCUAUAAAAAUAUCAAAAUUACAAAAUUUUCUAAUACAUGUACCUACACAUUUACUCACUGAAAUGAAUCACCAUCAUUAUUCAGUUUAAAGCAUCACGUUCAAGAAAAAUACACACCCUUUUACCAAGAAAAAUACACACCCCACAAAAAAAAAAAUCAUAUAUUUAAAACUCAUAAAAGUUUCAUUUUACUUUUUGUUGUUAUCAUGCGAAUUUCUUGGUCACCAAACAGCAAGAGCGUGUCUCAGAGGAAUGGACAGAAGAACCAUAAGAAACCACGAAACGCAUGACAUUGAGGCCAUAACUCUGCGUUUUCUUUCUAGCGGCUAGUAACUGGAGUUGCAAAUGAUCCAUAAGGCAUAAACCAAGCAUGUGACUGAUGAUGCUGUGGAGAAAGUUUUGACUUUUGAGUUGUUUCGGAGACAUCACAUAUUGUAGUGACAAGGUGAUAAUUUUGGCAAGAUGAAAAAUUCAAGAGGACGCAGCAUGAAACAUGCACAUUUAUUUCAUUGUGAAGAUCAAAGAAGUCAAGAACACAAUAAAAUUAUAAGGGACAGACUGGAGAGUAAUACUAAUAAUAGUUUUAGGACAAGGGAGAUUCCAAUAAAGAGGUUGUUCAACGUAGGGCAUUUUACUAAUGCUUCAGGAGACUUGUCAAGGUAUAGCAAGGGAAAGAACUUUUCUGCAGGAAUAAAUGUCAUGGACUAUGAUAUACCUGAGCUUGUUGUUUUUAUUCAAGAGGAACAUCAGCAAUUUGUCAAGGAUACUUGCAUUGGUAAGGGAGUGUCACCAGAAGGCAAGUGUAUGUCAGAAGAUUGUGCAGUAAAUCAUGAUCCAAUGUCAUGUCACUUUGAGAAUGACUUGAACACCAGAAGAGAUUCAAAUCUAAGAACUAUGGAAGCAAUGUCAAUCAAUUCAAAUGGGCCAGAGUAUGAAUCUAAACCUCUUACCCUUAAGGAUGCCAUGGAAUUUUAUGAUUCAAGAGGUUUAGUGAUGGAUGGUGAAGAGGAUUCAGGAUACAAUAUUUCAAUUGACCACCUCACAAAGAAGACAAUACCAGAGACCAUUAGAGAGGCAUUAACAAAGGAAGCAGAAUUUUCAAGAUCUUUCAAGAAUUGGCAAAUAAAUUCAUUUUUGGGUACAAUUGGCAGCAGAGUGGAGUUUCCAAGUUGUUCAGAUUGUGUACAAGUUGCUGACACAAUCAUGUGUAGAUCUGAGAUUGCUAACUCACACAGUCCAUCAGGUUCAGGCAAAAGACAAGAAAAUGAUCCUCAAGAGACUACUUGUUCCUGUGAUGUAGGCCCAUCACCAUAUGCUGCUCCUGCAACAACAUCUAGCAGUGCCUCUCAUCACUCUAAUGAUAGCAUAAGCAGUACUCAUUCAUUUGCUUUUCCCAUAUUACCUGCAGAAUGGAAUGGAAGUCCAGAGAGAAUGUUGGAAGCUAAUAAAAGUCAAUUCAGAAAAGACAGAUGGCAGAAGAUAAGGGUUUUGUUUUCCUGCUGCAAAGUUGAUUGCUAAUAUUUUGCAGUUUAGCUGGCAUUGAGGAUUAUUCAGAAAAAAGCUACUAUAUGCCGUUUACUUACUUUCAUGGUGUUAUAAAUAUAGAAUAUAUGUGACCAUAUCAAAUUAUUUUUGGCAUCUACAUUUUGAUGACUCAUUAGUUAAAGACUCUAUAUGUGUUUGUUUUUAUUA